AUGAAAUUUAGGCGUGUUUUCCCUUGUUUGAAGGAAAGAGAUUUGAGUUAUUAUUAUUGUCCCAAGGAAGAGGAUUGGGACAAAGAUGAGAAAAUUUGUUCAAUUUUAAAGGUGUUCAGUGGUGCGUCGAAUCUCAUAAUGGGGAGUGAUUAUUCGACAUCAAACUUGUUUCUAAAACAAGUUUGUACAAUCAAAAUUAUGUUGGAUAGUAAGAGUCAGGAUGGAGAUGAGUUUAUACAGACCAUGAUUUGGAAAAUGAAAGAAAAGUUUGACAAAUAUUGGGGAGAAUGUAAUCUAUUGAUGGGUGUGGUUGCUAUUUUGGAUCCUAGACUGAAGAUGAGGGUAAUUCAAUGGGCGUUCCCUAAGAUGUAUCCUGAGCCUGAAGCGCGAGCAAAUAUUGAUGUUGUUCGAGAUGCCUUGUAUGAGGUAUAUAGGGAGUAUGUUGAUACCAGUAAAGCAUUGACAGCUGCCCGCGUUUCUGCAUCUAUAGGGGAUGGAGUUCAGGUUGUUGGUGAGGGGUCAGGGGCAGCGGUAGAGACGGCGGAUGAUUGGGAUGAUUUUAGUCAAUUUUUGGAUGUGGUUGAGACGGUUGAGCCAACGAAAUCAGAAUUAGACUGUUACCUGGGAGAGGGAUGCCAUAAAUGUGUCGGGGACCUUACGACGUUUGAUGCUUUGACGUGGUGGAAGGCUAAUUCAACAAAGUUCCCUAUCUUGUCUACCAUGGCUCGUGACAUAUUAGCCAUCCCUAUUACUAUGGUUGCUUCUGAGUCUGCUUUCAGUGCAGACAGUAGGGUUAUUGACACGUACCGAUCGUCGUUGACUCCCAACACGGUGGAGAUGCUCUUAUGUGGAUGUGAUUGGAGCAAGACUUUGAAUGGGGUGAAGAAAGGAUGUAAAGAAGAACAGCAACCGUUGGAGAUCAACAUUCCUAUCCCGCAGUGGAAAAUUGUGGUUUUCGUCGAAGACAGGUCUACUGCAGACUACUGGUGGAUAUUCGAAACUGUCAUGGUUAAUUCAACAUUGGAUGUAAAGAUGGAACGCUGUACGCAGGAAGAUUGUUGUAAAAAAGGGGAAAUUGGCUCAAUCAAACCUGGAGAAAUGGUGGUUUGA